UUGUAUGUGGGCAAUCUAGAUCCACGAGUGACAGAUGCCAUGUUGCGCGAUAUCUUUUCCGUCACUGGUAACGUCAAAAGCGUCAAGGUCAUUCCGGACAAAAACUUAUCACACGGUGGAUGCAACUAUGGAUUUAUCGAGUUCUCGGAUCAUAGCACGGCUGAACAAGCAUUGUUGACCAUGAGCGGUCGACGUAUCUUUAGCAGUGAAAUUAAAGUCAACUGGGCAGCUCAAGGAUCAACGCAAAAAGAUGACACGUCGAACCACUAUCACAUAUUCAUCGGCGACCUUUGUCCUGAAGUCAGUGACGAUGUGCUGGCAAAAGCAUUCGGGGUGUUUAGCAGUAUGUCUGAUGCACGAGUCAUGUGGGAUAUGAAUACGGGCAAGUCGCGCGGCUUUGGAUUUGUUGCGUUUAAAAACAAAGCACACGCGGAACAAGCUAUUGCUACUAUGAAUGGAGAGCGCUUGGGUUCCCGGGCCAUCCGAGUCAAUUGGGCAAACCAGAAAAACACCAGUACCUUCACUGCCAGCAACAACAACAGCAACAGCAGCAACAAUCACAGUAAUAGUAGUAGUAGCAAUAACAGUAGUAAUCGCAACAGUAUUCCGAUGCAGUACGUGACUUACGAGCAGGUAUUGGCACAAACAUCCGCAUACAACACAACUGUCUAUGUCGGUAAUCUGUCUCCCAAAAUAACGCAAAAUGAUUUGGUUCCUCUUUUCCAACGCUACGGAGGUAUUAUGGAAGUCCGCCUUCAACCCGAACGCGGCUUUGCAUUUAUAAAGAUGGAUUUGCAUGAACGCGCUGCAUUGGCAAUUUUCUCUUUGCAAGGUGCAACCUUGAAUAAGCGACCUAUUAAGCUGUCCUGGGGUCGAGAUCGGUCA